AUGGCCUCCGCUCGCUACUAUGCCGAUCCCACUGCCGCCGGUCAGUUUGCCUCAGAGCUCCUUGUGAAAGCUGGGCUUUCUCCGGAAGAUGCCAAAUCAAUGGCCGAUUGCUUGGUCAUGGCGGAUGUUCGGGGCGUGGACACUCAUGGGUUGGCUCGGUUACCUCAGUACCUGGAUCGUGUCAGCAAUGGCCGCGUCAAGGCAGACCCAGAAUUCAAGCUGACCGAGAAGACCCCCGUUGUGGCUCAUCUGGACGGUGACAAUGGUUUUGGCUUCGUGGUCGCCACCAGAGCAAUGGAGGAGGCUGUCAAGCGGGCAGAAAUCUACGGUAUUGGAAUGGUCACCGUUAACCACUCGAAUCACUUUGGCAUGGCCGCCACCUAUGUGAUUCAGGCCCUGGAGAAGAACAUGAUCUCUCUUGUCUUCACCAACUCCGCCAAACAAAUGCCACCUUUCGGCGGUAAGGAGACGCUUCUCGGGAUCUCACCUUUUGCAGCAGGCGCACCUUCCAACGACGAAGUUCCUUACAUACUCGACAUGGCGCCUUCUGUCGUGGCUAAAGGCAAGAUUCGCCGCGCUGCCCGUCGCGGUGAGUCCAUCCCACUAGGCUGGGCCUUGGAUGCGGAUGGCAACCCAACCACCGAUGCCAAUGUCGCCUUAAAUGGAAGCAUGGCGCCAAUCGGUGGUCCCAAAGGCUCCGGUAUUGCUAUUCUGAUGGAUGUCAUGUCGGGUGUCUUGACCGGCGCAGCAUUUGGUGGUGAAGUUGGAGACCAAUACAAGGACACCAAGCCGCAAGAUGUCGGGCAUUGCUUCAUCGCCAUCAAGCCUGAUAUUUUUAUGACGACAGACCAAUUCAAGGCUCGAAUGGACACUUUGGUGCAACGUGUCCAUGGCGUUACUCCCGCCCCAGGUUUCAACGAAGUGCUCUUCCCCGGUGAGCCGGAGCACCGUCUCGGUAUACAGCGGCGUAAGGAAGGAAUCCCAUAUGCGGAUGCCGAAAAGCAGAUGUUCCUUGAGACUGCUAAACAGUACGGAGUUUCUGAGCUCCCUCUAUCCGAACACCCUCUUUCCCUAUCCUGA